UGAGAAAACUAUUAAUGAGAGGCGUUAGUCCAGAUUCCACCAACGAGGAUGGAUUAACUGCAUUACAUCAAUGCUGCAUAGACGACAACGAGGAUAUGAUGAAGCUGCUGCUCGAGUUUGGUGCCAACGUAAAUGCUGAGGACAGCGAAAAGUGGACGCCCCUCCACGCGGCCGCCACCUGCGGUCAUCUGCAUCUAGUCUCCUACCUCAUUGCCAGUGGUGCCAAUUUGCUAGCAGUGAACGCAGAUGGCAACAUGGCCUAUGACAUCUGCGAGGACGACCGCCUUGAGCACAUAGAGUCCGAGAUGGCGCGGCGUGGUGUCACACAGGAGUUGAUCGACGAGACGAGGGCAGCCACUGAAACCAUCAUGCUCAGGGAUCUCAGGGCGCUGGUAGCGUGUGGACGCGGUGGUGACCUUGAACUCGGGGACAGUGGAGGUGCGACACCCCUUCAUAUAGCGGCCGCCAACGGGUACCUGAGGGUGGUCGAGUUCCUGUUGGAGGAGCAACAUGUGGCCACUGACUGCCGCGACCAGGAUCACUGGCAGCCAGUACAUGCCGCUGCUUGCUGGGGACAUUUGGAAGUAUUGGAGUUACUUGUUCAAAACGGUGCUGACCUAAAUGCUAAAACAAAGCAUGAUGAAACUCCUGCUGACAUCUGCGAGGACCCGGAGCUGAAAGAGCGCAUUCUGGAGCUGCGCAGUGAACAGGAGACAAAGCGGCUGCAGGAAGCCCAGCGGCGCCGCGUGAAGCGAACCCAAAGUAACAACACACGCACACAGUCUGUGCGACGCACAUCCAUUCGCGACAAGACGCUCACAUCCAAGAAGGAAGCCGUCGAGGAAGCAAGGCUGAGGCGCCAGGCUCAGCAG